GUUAUUUUCUACUGCUCUGAGUUGUCAUUAAGGCACCGGCGACGGUAGGUCAAGGCAUGCGCUUGCUCCAUUCCGUUUGCGUUGGUUCGAAUCAUCCAUAAGAAACACCACUGCGCGCUCGCAUGUCUGAGUGCGAAGAUCCAGAAUAAGUCACUGGAUUCUUCAAGGGAAUUUGACUAGACUUCACUAUCGCCAUGGCUUCACAACACCACACGUCACUGCAACUCCAAGCCUUGCUUUCCAACGGAUCUAUACCCACAACGCGACCCUUUCUGAAGCAUCAGUAUCAGCAUGGCCCUUGAGCUAUGCUUCUUGUGCACUGCUGCAGAAUUCGCGUCAUCGUUUCCAUAGAUCCAUCCUGGAAGGUCCCUUUUCACUCAGUUCACCGUUGCACUUCAACAUCCACGACCAGCCGCCCGACUGUCGCAACCGCUCAACAAUCGAUCCGCUCUUCUACCUGCUCCUCCCUCUUAUUCCUUGACCUAAAUCCCCGUUCCUCCACCAAAGUUCCAAGCAUCGGUCCAGUGCACCAGAUCACGCGCCAGCACAGCACCCCAACGCUAUCGUUUGCUGCGCAAAGCUUCCCUCAGAACGAAAACUUGAACGCUCUCAUGCGCCUCUUUCACCCGCUCCCGCUCACGCCCACGCACCGCGCAACUCCCGAAUCAUCAUCACCAUCCACCUCAACUUCCGAUGCGCACUCGCAAUCGCCCACCAGCAAACCAUCUCCACAAUCGCCUACUCGUCCCCAAUCACCACACCGCAUGAUCCACCUCCAGCUCCCACCACCGAAAGCGCCGCCCUCCCUCCUGGUCGACAAGACUGGCCGGAUCCCAGAGACGCCUCUGCCGAUGCCCGAGCCCAGCAUCCUCACCUGCCCAACCUGCUACACACGACAAGCGCACUUCCUCGAAGCGGAGCAGCAGAGCACAGCGGUCUGCCAGUCGUGCUUGACCUAUUUUAAGCGGGUAGAGAAGAGGUGCGAGAGGAAUAGCGCGGAGAUUACCAGUUUCCCGAGCUUGCUGGAGGAGAGUGAGGAGCUUGAGCGCAAUGGACAGGGCAAUGCGGUGGGUGAAAGCGGGCUGGCGACCAGUGCCGGGAGGACGAUGUAUAGCAGUAUCAGAAGGGCUUUUGGCGUCCUGAGGGGCGGUGAGGGGAGGAGGAUGGGGAGGAGUAGCAGUGCAUCGAGUACUGAGAGUCGGUGUAGUAGCAUUCGGACCUUCAUGGAUUGACAACCUUCGGGGAGCAGAUGGUAGUGAGAGGAGGGUUGAGU